AUGGCAGGCUUGCAGGCUAAAACUCCCUUCUGUCUCUCUGCGGCCUUCCGUGGCCUCUCUUUUUCCACACCCAAACGAUCUUUCUCCAUGACAUUGGCCACCCAGAAGACCAAGCCACUUCCCGACUACAUCCCGCCCUACCCCUAUGGCCCCAAUCGAUGGUUCAAGCAGUCCAACUCGGGUCUCUACGGAGGCACCAUGAUUCAAUUUGGCAACAAGAUUUCGAAGGGACGCAACGAGGGCAAGACGCGACGCAUCUGGAAGCCAAACGUCCGCCGAAAGAAGCUGUGGAGCGAUGCGCUGGGUGAGUACCUGUUCAUCAAGGUCUCUCAUCGGGCAAUGCGCACAAUUCGCAAAUCGGGCAGUCUCGACAAUUACCUCCUGGGUGACCAACCGGGGCGCAUCAAGGAACUCGGGGUUUUCGGGUGGCAUCUUCGAUGGCAAGUUAUGCAGACACCAGUGAUGCAAGAAAAGUUUCGACAGGAACGAAGACGCUUGGGUCUUCGGGAGCCGCCGUCAUUUGAGGAGUGGUUGAAAGAGAGGGAGGCCGAUGUCGAGGCUCAGAUCGAAUCACAACUCAACAUCAAACCGAUGACGAAACCCGGUGCUUUCAAGCAGAACACCAAUGAACCACCUACGGGAACUGCAUAA